CAACGAUACCGUGCUUAUGCCACGGUCAGCGAUGGUCAUGAUAGGCAUCAAUGCGAUGGCAUUCCAUGGCCAGAUGUUACAUCUGCAAAUGCUCUUCCAACGCCUUACCAGAUCUUUAAUCAGAAGAAAGGUUCGCCAUAUUCGAAACGAAGAUUUUACGAGCUGGUUAAGUUGUACCAUCCCGAUCGACACCCCUAUGGUAGCCCGGCCGAUGGGCUAUCGUAUUCUACGAAGUUAGAAAGAUAUCGACUCAUCGUAGCCGCCAACGAUAUCCUUUCUGAUCCUAUCAAAAGAGGAGCCUACGACCGCUACGGGGCUGGAUGGAACGGACAGCCGGAUGUUCGCACGUCUCGAAAUUCCUCCGAUCCAUCUGCCUACAGUGGGAGUGGAUGGAACAGUCCAAAUGGGCCAAGUCGAAAUGCCACUUGGGAAGAUUGGGAGAAAUGGUACCAACGUGAGGCAGAUGGCCCUCAGGAACCGAGAUUCGUCUCGAACGGUACCUUCGUUUUCCUGAUCGUUGUAGUUGCAGCUAUAGGUGGAGUUGGCCAGCUUUCACGGGUUGAGAAUUACUCGGUGAGCUUUUUAGAGCAGCGAGCUGCUCUACACGACAAUAUCUCCAAAGACCUCAACCGCAAACGGAAGGAGACCACCACUGCAUUUUCAAGUCGGGAGGAGAGGAUAAACAGCUUCUUGGAACACAGAGAC